UUUCCCAAACAAAGCUCCCGCAACUUUCUCCCCGGCCGCGCCCGGGCCGCCGCGGCUUCCCUGCCCCAGGCCGGGAGGCCCAGAUGGGGGAACCCCGGGCCGGGGCCCCCCUGGAUGAUGGCAACGGCUGGACGGGCAGCGAGGAAGGCAGUGAGGAGGGCGCCGGAGGCAGUGAGGGCGCUGGGGGAGACGGAGGCCCUGAUGCCGAAGGCGUGUGGAGUCCGGACAUCGAGCAGAGCUUCCAGGAGGCCCUGGCCAUCUACCCGCCGUGCGGCCGCCGCAAAAUCAUCCUGUCCGACGAAGGCAAGAUGUACGGUCGGAACGAACUGAUCGCCCGCUAUAUCAAACUGAGGACGGGGAAGACGCGCACGCGCAAGCAGGUCUCUAGUCAUAUCCAGGUUUUGGCCAGAAGGAAGUCCAGGGAGAUCCAGUCCAAGUUAAAGGAUGAGGUCUCCAAGGACAAAGCUUUCCAGACAAUGGCCACCAUGUCGUCGGCCCAGCUCAUCUCAGCCCCUUCCCUGCAGGCCAAGCUGGGCCCCACGGGCACUCAGACCUCAGAGCUUUUCCAGUUUUGGUCAGGCGGCUCUGGGCCACCCUGGAAUGUUCCAGACGUGAAGCCGUUCUCGCAGCCGCCGUUCUCCUUGUCACUGACUCCCCCAGCUACGGAGCUCCCAGGGUACGAGCCUCCUCAAGCCCUCUCGCCCCUGCCCCCACCUGCCCCUUCGCCCCCUGCUUGGCAGGCCCGCGCCCUGGGCACUGCCCGCCUGCAGCUGGUGGAGUUCUCGGCGUUUGUGGAACCGCCUGAUGCCGUUGACUCCUACCAGAGGCACCUGUUCGUGCACAUCAGCCAGCACUGCCCCAGCCCCGGGGCCCCACCCCUGGAGAGUGUGGAUGUUCGGCAGAUUUACGACAAGUUCCCGGAGAAGAAGGGCGGCCUGCGGGAGCUGUACGACCGUGGGCCCCCCCACGCCUUCUUCCUGGUCAAGUUCUGGGCCGACCUGAACUGGGGCCCGAGCGGUGAGGAGGUGGGGGCCGGCGGUGGUGGCGGCAGCGGGGGCUUCUAUGGGGUGAGCAGCCAGUACGAGAGCCUGGAGCGCAUGACCCUCACCUGCUCCUCCAAGGUCUGCUCCUUUGGCAAGCAGGUGGUGGAGAAGGUGGAGACCGAGCGGGCGCAGCUGGAGGACGGGCGCUUCGUGUACCGCCUGCUGCGUUCACCCAUGUGUGAGUACCUGGUGAACUUCCUGCACAAACUGCGGCAGCUGCCUGAGCGCUACAUGAUGAACAGCGUCCUGGAGAACUUCACCAUCCUGCAGGUGGUGACCAACAGAGACACCCAGGAGCUGCUGCUGUGCACCGCCUAUGUGUUCGAAGUCUCCACCAGUGAGCGCGGGGCCCAGCACCACAUCUACCGCCUGGUCAGGGACUGA